AUAAAAAAGUUUCAGCUUUGAAGCAAGGCAGAGAGAGAGAGAGAGAGAGAGAGAGAGAUCAAAGCGACUGAGAGUGGUGUGGAAGCAAAACUACGAUCUGCCGAUUUUUUUUUUUCUCUUUUAACUUUAGAUUUUUUUUGCAACACUCUUCUUCCUUUGAUCGGAGCUUGAACAUUCCGACAAAAGCAAAAAAAGACUUGAUCUUUUAGCUGUUUUGAGGGAUUUCAUCUAAUCUGCCCUCUGCUGUAGAGAGAGAUUAGGGGGGUCUAUCAAUGGAGCGGUACGGUCGCCCCGGUGAAGAAGGGUCGCGAUCGGAUCCAUCUCUUGAAUGGACCUCUCAUGGAGGCGACACCGGACUUGAAACUUCUAUGUGGCGGUUAGGGUUGAGCGGCGGCGGUGGUGGUGGUGGUGGAGGAGGAGGAGAACCGUACCCGGAGAGACCUGACGAGCCUGAUUGUAUUUAUUACAUGAGAACCGGUGUUUGCGGUUACGGGUCAAGAUGUCGGUUUAAUCACCCUCGAGAUCGUGGAGCGGUGAUUGGAGGAGGUGUUAGAGGAGAAGCUGGAGCUUUACCUGAGAGGAUGGGACAUCCGGUUUGUCAGCAUUUUAUGCGAACGGGAACGUGUAAAUUCGGAGCUUCUUGCAAGUAUCAUCAUCCUAGGCAAGGAGGAAGUGGUUCCGUUGCGCCUGUCUCGCUAAGUUAUUUGGGAUUUCCAUUACGUCAGGGAGAGAAAGAGUGUUCUUACUACAUGAGAACCGGUCAGUGUAAAUUUGGUUUGACUUGUAGAUUUAACCAUCCCGUGCCACUCGCUGUACAAGGUCCACCUCAGCCGCAACAGCCACAGCCACAGCCACAGCCACAGCUGCAGACUAUUUAUCCGACACUUCAGUCUCAGUCCGUUCCUUCGUCUCAACAAUAUGGGUUAGUUUUGACAAGGCCAUCUCUUAUACCUGGUCCGUAUCUUCAAAGCCCUUACGGUCCUCCAAUGGUUCUGCCUCCGGGAAUGGUUCCAUACCCUGGUUGGCAUCCUUACCAGGCUUCUGUAAGUGCAAUGCCUUCCCCUGGAACUCAACCCUCUAUUGGAUCGAGCUCUGUUUAUGGAAUUGCGCCGUUAUCUCCUUCGGCGACUGUAUAUACAGGUCCAUAUCAAUCAGGACCUUCUUCAAAUACCUCAAAAGAAUUUCCUCAGCGACCUGAUCAACCAGAGUGUCAAUACUUCAUGCGAACUGGUGACUGUAAAUUUGGAUCCUCGUGCCGAUACCAUCAUCCUGUAGAUGCAGUUCCACCUAAAACAGGCCUUGUCCUCAGCUCCAUUGGCCUUCCACUUCGUCCCGGCGUAGCGCAAUGCACACACUUUACUCAAAAUGGAAUCUGCAAAUUUGGACCGGCGUGCAAGUUUGAUCACUCGAUGAGUUCUUCGCUUAGCUACAGCCCGUCUGCAUCUUCACUAACCGACAUGCCUGUGGCUCCAUACCCGAUUAGAUCAUCGUCGCUCAGCGGCUCAUCAGCUCCAGCAAGCUCAAGCAAUGAACCCACCACAGAGGCUGCCACUGCUGCAGUUUCCUCUUCAAUAGUCAGUAGCUUGAGCCGUCCAGAGCCAGCUGAAACAAGUGGUGACUCGGCCAGCGUCAGUGGCAGCACAGAAGCUAAGACUUCAAGUUAAAAAAACAAAAGAACAAAAAAAAGAGAGGAAAAAUAUCCUCAAUUCUUCAUGAACUAAGCAACAUUAAGAAAAAAAGAGAAAAGAAGAUUAUUUUUGGGGUCUGAGAUUUGUUGGAAGCAGAGAGACCAAAGCUUCUGUCAUUGACCAUUUGUCCAUAUAUAAUAUUCUCUCAUACGGCCAUCUCUCUCUCUCUCUCCCUCUCUCUCUCUCUCUCUCUCUCUCUCUUGUUUUUUCUUCUUGAAAAACGAUUAAUAAAUGGCCUUAUUCAAGCUAUACUACAUUCGAUUCAUGACAA